AUGCCCUACUCAUUCGACCGGAUUUGCAAGGAUGUGGUCAAAAAGCUUCAAGGAAAAGAUCUAUAUUCUGUCAAAAGUCUAUCAGAAGCGAUGAAGUUCCAUCAGUUUGAGAUACUGCUGACUUCUUGGUCAUGGCCAUGGAACACUGAAGAUAUUCCAGUUGGAUAUUCCCUCCUGCAGAUCUUGGAGCCAAAAUUUCCAAUCCCAGAGACUGAAGUGUUACCCACCAUGACCUUCACAAGCAAUGGAUCCAUGGAAAUGAAGGGUAGUGCUGGAGUCCACGCCAUUGCAGAGGGAAGUGUGUCAGCAGGGCAUGGUCAUUCCUCUGGAUACAGCAUCGAGGUUCAGUGUACCAGCAUCCCAGCUUCACAACUGGACAUUCUUCAAAACAGGAAACUGGUGGAGAAGGAGCCACCAUUUAUGACGCAUUGCAGGAUUAAAAAUAAGAACCUGUAUGUUGUGACAGAGGCCUAUGUAGUGACCAGGGAUACAGAGCUGGGAGACAGCAGUACUGAGGACCUUUCAGGACAAGUGCUCAUCCCCCAAAUGACCAAGGCUCAAGUCCAGGGAUGUUGGCAAAGGAAGACAAAGAAUUCAGUAUCUAUCCCAAAGGGUGCAGUGGUGGCCUACAAGAAGAAGAAACUGGUCUUUGAGGAUGACACUUGUGCCAUUCUCCCUUUUGAUAACUCCAAGGAGAAAACCUUCCCAGUGUUAAAGUAUAGAGGACUGGCAGGUUCUUUGUUAAAUGACAUCUCUCCAAUUGGAAGGUUAGACGAACCCUUACCUAAUGAUUUCCAGUAUCUACAAAAUGAGAUUUCUGAGAAAACAGGGUUACUGGCCAUGCUUUCAAAGGACGUUCAACAUGCUGUGUUCUCUAGUCUCCUGCCCAUGCUAGGAGACAGGGACACUCUGUAUGACCUGAUGAUCAUGCUGGAGUUGGAUCAGUUGGGGCACAUGGAUGGCCCAGGUGGUGUGAUCCUCUAUGAGCUGCGAAAGGACUCACAGGAUAUCCUAAAGGACCUCAUUCUUUAUCUCCUUCAGGCCCUAAUGGUGCUGAGUGAUAUCCAACUCAGUCUGCUGGCCCAGUCUGUGGAGAAGAGGCUCCUCCUCCACCAACGAGAGCUGGUGAAGAGCAUCCUGCAGCCGAACUUCAAGUAUCCCUGGAACAUCCCCUUCACUCUGCAGCCUCAGCUCCUCGCCCCACUCCAGGGGGAGGGCCUGGCCAUUACUUACGGAUUGCUGAGCGAGUGUGGGCUGCAGAUGGAGCUGAAAAAUCCCAGGCCAACUUGGGAUCUGGAAGCCAAGAUGCCCAUGUCUGCGCUUUAUGGGAGCCUGUCGUUCCUGCAGCAAUUUGUAGAAGCCAAAUCCUUCUCAGAGCCUGGCCCCAGCCCGGCCAGAUGCAUUUGAGAUCUGGACACACAAGAGGGGAGAUUACUGUGGAUGUUCUAGGUGUGGGCAAUAAGGAUGCUAAAACUAAGGGUUCUUUUGAAUGUGCUAUUCAUUCACAAUUAUAUAAGUAAUAUGUUUUGAUUAUAUUCACCUCCCCCAGUGUCCUUUUUUAAUGCAUCUCCUCCAAGCCUUUAUCCACUAACUUCUCAUUGAACUUUUUAAUGCUCUACUGCACUUAAUUAGGGUUGUUUGCAGGACCAUGGGAUUGUUAACCUGAGUAAGGAAAACUUCCCAGAGGCUACACUACUGAGCAAUGUGACUCCUCCCCCCAGCACCAUUAACUGCCUACAGUGUCUAGGGAGGAGUGGAUCCUUAUAGGCUCCUCCUCUAUCCAUGGUAGAUCCUGGGCUCUCUUAGUGUUGUUCAGGUAGCCAUUAGUACUGUGAGUUUAUGGGUGCAAUAACCAUUCUAUAUUCUUGCCAUGUCUAAAGUAAGUUUGCUUGUGUCUGUCACAGCUCCUCAAAUAGCAGGUUAAGGUUUUAAACAUAUCCUUAUAUAUAAAAUAGAAUAAACAUUUCUUUUACUUAA